ACAAUUCCCUGUGUAAGAGAAAACCCCAAUUUCACAAAAACACAGCCACCUUCUCUUCUCUUCUCCUGCAGCCAUCUUCUCUACAGCCAUAUCCACACAUCCGUCUCUCUUUACUCAUUCGCCAUGGCUGCCGAGCAAGCUCAACUGGCUGCAAUCCUUGGACCCGAUUCAGCACCAUUCGAAACCCUAAUUUCACAUCUCAUGUCUGCUUCCAACGAGCAACGAUCUCAAGCCGAGUCAAUCUUCAAUCUCAUCAAGCAAAACGAUCCUAAUUCACUCGCUCUCAAGCUUGCUAAUCUUCUAUCCUCUUCACCUCACCACGAAGCCCGUGCCAUGUCCACAAUCCUCCUCAGAAAGUUGCUUACCAGAGAUGACUCUUUCAUCUGGCCGCGCCUCACCGAGUCUACUCAGUCAGGUAUCAAAUCAGUCCUUCUCCGAUGUAUUCAACACGAAGAAUCAAAAUCCAUCAUCAAGAAACUUUGCGACACUAUUUCCGAACUUGCUUCUUCAAUUCUCCCCGAAAACAAUUGGCCUGAGUUGCUACCGUUUAUGUUUCAGUGUGUUACUUCAGACGUACCUAAAUUACAGGAAUCUGCCUUCUUGAUCUUUGCUUUAUUAGCUCAAUAUGUUGGGGAGAUGUUAGUUCCUUACAUUAAGGACUUGCAUACAGUGUUUAUGCAGACAUUGAAUAACUCGCCUAAUCCUGAUGUGAGGAUUGCGGGUUUAAGUGCUGUGAUUAAUUUUAUUCAGUGUUUAUCAAGCUCAAAUGACAGGGAUAGAUUUCAGGAUCUAUUGCCUGCAAUGAUGAAGACCUUGACCGAGGCUUUGAAUAGUGGACAAGAGGCAACUGCACAAGAAGCCUUGGAGUUGUUGAUUGAAUUGGCGGGUACUGAGCCUAGGUUUUUGAGGAGGCAGCUUGUCGAUGUGGUGGGUGCAAUGUUGCAAAUAGCCGAGGCUGAGAGUUUAGAAGAGGGGACAAGACAUUUGGCUAUUGAAUUUGUCAUUACGUUAGCUGAGGCUAGGGAAAGGGCUCCUGGAAUGAUGAGGAAAUUGCCGCAGUUUAUCAGUAGGCUGUUUGCCAUUUUGAUGAAAAUGUUGCUGGAUAUCGAUGAUGAACCUGUCUGGCAUAGUGCUGAAGUUGAGCACGAAGAUGCAGGGGAAACAAGUAACUACAGUGUUGGUCAGGAGUGUUUGGAUCGUUUGUCCAUUGCGUUGGGUGGCAGUACAAUUGUUCCUGUUGCAUCAGAGCAGUUGCCUCCUUACUUGGCUGCUCCCGAAUGGCAAAAGCACCAUGCUGCGCUCAUUGCGCUUGCUCAGAUUGCAGAAGGUUGCACAAAGGUAAUGAUUAAGAAUUUGGAGCAAGUCGUGAACAUGGUUUUGAGCUGUUUCCAAGAUCCUCAUCCUCGAGUGAGAUGGGCAGCUAUUAACGCAAUUGGCCAGUUGUCUACUGACUUGGGGCCUGAUUUGCAAGUACAGCACCACAGCAGAGUACUGCCAGCAUUGGCAACAGCUAUGGAUGAUUUUCAAAAUCCACGAGUACAGGCACAUGCUGCGUCAGCUGUCCUCAACUUCAGUGAGAACUGCACACCAGAAAUUUUGACACCUUAUUUGGAUGGAAUAGUUAGCAAACUACUUGUUCUUCUACAGAACGGAAAACAAAUGGUGCAAGAAGGAGCAUUAACUGCUUUGGCUUCGGUGGCUGAUUCAUCACAGGAGCACUUCCAGAAGUACUAUGACGCUGUAAUGCCAUAUUUGAAAACCAUCCUGGUAAAUGCGAAUGAUAAAUCUAAUCGCAUGCUUCGAGCCAAAGCCAUGGAGUGCAUAAGCUUGGUUGGGAUGGCUGUUGGAAAAGACAAAUUCAGAGAUGAUGCUAAGCAGGUUAUGGAAGUGCUUAUGUCACUACAAGGAUCACAAAUGGAGACAGAUGACCCUACUACUAGUUAUAUGUUGCAGGCAUGGGCCAGGCUUUGCAAGUGCUUGGGACAGGAUUUCCUGCCUUACAUGAGUGUAGUCAUGCCUCCUUUACUUCUGUCUGCUCAACUAAAGCCUGAUGUGACCAUAUCAUCCGCAGAUUCAGACAAUGAACUUGAUGACUCAGAUGAUGACAGCAUGGAGACCAUAACUCUUGGAGAUAAAAGGAUAGGCAUCAAAACAAGCGUCUUAGAAGAGAAGGCUACAGCUUGUAAUAUGCUAUGCUGCUAUGCCGAUGAACUGAAGGAAGGUUUCUAUCCAUGGAUUGACCAGGUUGCUCCAACGUUAGUUCCACUUCUCAAAUUCUAUUUCCACGAAGAAGUCAGGAAAGCAGCCGUGUCUGCAAUGCCAGAGCUGUUACGUUCUGCUAAACUGGCUGUAGAGAAAGGGAUUGCUCAGGGCCGAAAUGAGACCUAUGUCAAGCAAUUAUCAGACUACAUCAUUCCAGCUUUGGUUGAAGCAUUGCAUAAGGAGCCUGAUACAGAAAUCUGUGCAAGUAUGUUGGAUGCAUUGAAUGAGUGUGUUCAGAUCUCUGGACCACUCCUGGAUGAAGGUCAGGUCCGAAGCAUUGUGGAUGAGAUAAAACAGGUUAUCACAGCCAGUUCAAGUAGAAAACGAGAACGUGCAGAGAGGGCUAAAGCUGAAGACUUCGAUGCAGAGGAAAGUGAGUUGCUCAAGGAGGAAAAUGAGCAAGAAGAAGAAGUUUUUGACCAAGUUGGUGAAAUAUUGGGCACAUUGAUUAAGACGUUCAAGGCAGUCUUCUUGCCAUUCUUUGAUGAACUGUCAUCUUAUCUAAUGCCUAUGUGGGGCAAGGAUAAAACAGCUGAAGAAAGGAGAAUUGCAAUUUGUAUUUUUGAUGACAUUGCUGAGCAGUGCCGUGAAGCAGCUCUUAAGUAUUAUGACACAUAUCUUCCCUUCCUUUUGGAAGCAUGCAAUGACGAAAGCCCAGAUGUCCGGCAGGCUGCUGUUUAUGGACUUGGGGUAUGUGCAGAAUAUGGGGGUUCUGUUAUCAAACCUCUUGUUGGAGAGGCUCUUUCAAGGCUCAACGUAGUUAUAGGGCAUCCCAAUGCUCUUCAACCCGAGAAUGUUAUGGCAUAUGAUAAUGCUGUUUCAGCACUGGGGAAGAUAUGUCAGUUUCAUCGCGACAGUAUUGACUCAGCCCAGGUUGUUCCUGCUUGGUUGAAUUGCCUGCCUAUAAAAGGUGACCUGAUCGAGGCCAAGGUUGUUCAUGAUCAACUCUGUUCAAUGGUUGAAAGGUCAGAUGUAGAACUUCUGGGUCCUAACAAUCAGUACCUUCCAAAAAUUGUAUCAGUUUUUGCUGAGGUUCUAUGUACUGGUAAGGACCUUGCUACUGAGCAAACAGCCAGUAGGAUGAUUAAUCUGCUGAGGCAGCUUCAGCAAACGUUACCACCAGCCACUCUGGCCUCAACAUGGUCUUCCUUGCAGCCUCAGCAGCAGAUAGCACUGCAAUCGAUUCUAUCAUCAUAGGUGUUUUGGAUCAUGACAAUCUCCAAUGCAAUGGAAGUUGCUUAAGCUGAAGCUUCGUGGGUGUCAAAUAUUUGAUUAUUAAUUCUUUCUUGCAAACAUUAUUCAUUUGGGCUUUUGAGGUCAUGCAUCAGCCUGUUGUCACUUUGGUUGAAGAAGUGUGAGCAAAGGCGGGAAACCCUUUCCUCUUUUUGUAGAGUGUGUAUAUUAAAAGUGUUGCAUUUGAGUCCUCCUUCAGUAAGGAUAGGACUGUUGGUGAUCACGGUUUGCUGAGUUUUUUUUCGUCAUCAAAUGAGUUUUAAGCUCAAGGGUCGUCAGGGAGACACUCUUGUCACAGUUUUGGUCCAGUCAUAUUGGAAUUAUUUACAUUGUGGGAUGGUACAAGGAUUAAAUUAUAAAUGGUGAUUAUUUGUUGCUUUGGUUGUGA